AUGCUGCCUGCGUCGUCCUCUGGCCCGGCUUUCCAAGCUGUGAACACGUUUCAUCUUCGGCCUGGACAGGAUCCACCUCGGCUUCAACCACAAGCAGUCUACACCUACGGUCGUGGGGAGUCCUUCAACCAAGUGGACUUUGACAUAUCCCACAAUUUGUGCACCCCUUUUAGAAUCAGAACAUGGGCUUUGUGGUUAGAGCCGGCCGAAGAUGACCGACGCAAUCCUGAGGACCAUAGCCUGCCUGUCGACCCUGCCACAGGCGAUCAAGGAACAGACCCAGCCCAUGCAGGUGAUGACCAUUUGGAGGCAUCAGAAGCAGACGAGAUCAGCGUGGACGUUGAUGUCAUCGCAGAGAGUGACGCUGCCAGUGAUGUCAAUGCUGCAGCCGAAGGUGAGGCUCCAAUGGCCGCUCCAGGUACAACAGAUCCAGCUGGCCCAGCCCAUCACCCUGACGCGAUGACAUUCGACGUCAUGCAGACCUUUCAGCAGUUGCCACCGCACCUGCAACAUGACUUCCAGUCCCGAAUCUCAGCGGCUAUCCAGAUGGGCGUCGAAUGCUUCCAGUUGACAGGUCUCAGCGAGGACGAAGCCUUGAACAACAUGAGAUCGCUGAGUUGGGGGUUCAUCAGGGAUAUGACCCCGCUGGAAGUUGCUCGUGCGAAGAGGCAACGGUAUCAUGACCCUGAAAAGGGAUCGGGCAAGGGCAAGGACCCAGAGAUUGGUGACGGUCAACUGAGAUCGAAUCGUGAUCCUUUGAGUGUAGACCUACGAGCGUCAGGAUUCAGUGAGACGAUAGCGCAGCAUCCGAGGGGGCCUUCUCUCCCUGCAUCCGGUUCCAUAGAUCCAGCUGCACCCGGCUUGUUGCAUCCACACCGUUGUACAGAUCCUGCAUCCGAGCAUCCGGUAGGUUUUGUUGAUUCGGCCGGGGUAGGCUUAGAGGAAUGGGAUUUGUUUGGGGUAGAAGGGACCGAUUACUUCGGGGAAGAUCACGAAGAUCCAUUUCUGCAUCCGGAACUCUACGAGCCAUCAGAUCAUCCACCUGAGAGCCCAGGUGAUUUUAGGGAGCAUUUCCAAAGCACUCCAUUUGAUCACUCGUCAUGGAAGAGAUUUGCAGAAUCUGAAAUCAUCCAGACUCAAGUAAAGAGGCUGAGGCUUGCUAGUGCAGAAGGGUCCCUGACUCACUCUUUCCUCAGUGAUACACCGGGUACUAUGUUGAACUCAAUGUUUUCCAUCCCUGAUCCGAGCUUGUCCAUGUUGCUUGAACCGAUGGAAAAACUUGAGCCUGAAGUAGAGAUCGAAGCCAAAGAGAAGCUCUACCACGCUCGAAGGGUGAGAGUCAGUAAAACUGACGAUGACCUAAGAGACGCAAGUAUCACAAAGUUGCAGAAGAUUGUCUUAACUGAUCCUGCUGCUACAAGGUUGGGUGAACUUCUCGUGCCAACAUCAAGUCGCCCUCUAGAUGAAAGGGAAGUCCGGAGAUCCCUCGAGCAAGCCUUCUCGAGGAAAUCCUCGGGGACACUCUACAAGAGGGCAUGUUCCCUGUCUAGAUACAUCGACUGGUAUGGCCGGCUGAAUCGGAGGGGAUCUCCACUCAGACUCAAGGAAUUUGACAUUUACAGCUAUCUAGGACAUCUCGAAGAUGAUCGUGCAGGUGCCACUUCAGCAUCCGGUUUCAUCGAAGCACUGCGAUUUUUGGAUGGAGUGGCAGUUUUCAUCUAUGCAGAUCUCCAGAAAGUUCUGUCCCCAAGGGUGCUGGGUUACGCCCAUCAACAAUUCCUUCGAAAAGCACCACUCCAACAAAAGGAUCCAAUUCAGUGUGGAGUUGUGGAAGAGUUGGAGAAGUUGCUCCUGAGGAAGACCGACACAGUCCAGGUCUGCAUCCUCGGGCAGUUACUCUGGUGUUUCCAUUCGGCAAGUCGGUGGAGUGACAGUCUGAAGUUACAAAGCCUUACCCUGGAGAAAUCAAAAGAUGUCACAUUGGUGGUUGGCGAGGCCCUUGGAUCGAAGACAAGUCUGACCAAAGAGGCAAAGACCAGGCUCAUCCCCUACGUUGCAAUUGGAACGGGGAUCAGUGGUUUGAAUUGGGCAGAGAGCUGGCUGGACGCUAGAGUAUCGGAAUUUGGCCGUGAAACAGAGCCCUUCUUGCCGUCCUUUUCUUGCCGCACUGGUCGAUGGGCCACAACACCUAUGUCGAGCACAGAGGCUUGUGGGUAUCUUCAGGAUUUGGUGGCCGAGUGCUUGUUGACAAUGGAGCCCAAACCAAAAAUGGACCUGAGGAAUUUGGGCACCCACUCGCUCAAAACAGGAGAAUUUUGGGCCACCACAUCAAAGUCAAUCCUGACAUACAGCCGUGAAUCCUACACAGGGAUCUACGGAAAGAUCUUGGCCUGCUUCAUGGAAAUCCAAGCUGGAACUUUCCACCCUGACUUAUCGGCUGUGGAGCGAAUCCUUGAGACAGCAGAGGCAGUCGCAUCGGGAUCCAGACUCCAUGAAAGCCACGUCGUGGCCGAGGUUGAGCACGGGGUGGACACCUUGGAUGACCCUUGGGAGAUAUCCUCCGAAUCUUCGGAGGAGCAGGCCGAUCUGGUCGAAGAAGUUGCAAGAGAGGAGGCAGUGACAGGCCGUACUCCGUUCCCUGGAGGCCAGGAACUAGAGUGCAUCGUCCAUCGAAAGAGCGGAAUCGUUCACUGUCUCCUGACAUCCGACAUGACAAGGGCAGAGUAUGAACCCCAAAAGAAAGGGCUACACACUGUCGGUCUUCAGUUGGCAUCAGCCAUGUCGGUGUUGGAUAGUAAGGCCGCCUUCUCUGAAAGACUCAAACAGCUUGGAGUGGAAGAUGAAUUGAAAGUAGAGCUGCAGGCAAAAGGCUUUGAGACAUAUGGGUCUUUGGCAUUUGCGGUAUCAACAACGCCACAGCAGGUGACAGAUACCAUCCUAGAUGCCUGGCUAGCAAAGGUGACAACGAGGGAGCUUUCCCCAUACCAGACAUCUUGCAUCAGGAGGCUGGUAGUAGAGUCUCAUGCGCUUGCCUUGAAUGAUCUACAACGCAAAGUCGACCAACCGUCAGAUCCUCAGCUCACAGCUAGGAAGCUACCGAUGGCCGAGAGGCAAAUGCGACAGUCAGAGCAAGAGACCCGGUUAGAGGGGAUCAUUUUCUCCCCGGAGGUGACUCCUAGCCACUCACUGGUGGACCAGUGCGUCAACAUGUUGGAACAAAACGUUCUCAGUUGGAUCAAGCCAGAAGAACGCACAUCGAGAUCCCAGGAGAUACAGAGUCUCAAAAAGGACCCCAAGGUGACUCUGGACGCUAGCGGCAACAUCAAGAUCAGUUCAAAAGCAGUGGCCACGACAUGCUCAGUGUCGUCAGAAUUGGACCUGAGGAACGCAUUGCAGAGACGUUCAUUGGCCAUGGACCAAGCCAGGUUGUGUUCUUUCCGCGAAGCAGAGAUGUGGGUUCAGCAUUUGUUCUUGUCCCAUGAAAGAGCACAGCCAUCAGGUUUUUCAUCGGUAUCUCUUCAGCAAAUCAUCGAAUGUGACAAGCAGAUGUUCAUCAGGGCCUCGAACAAUUUGGUAGGCAAAUUGCAACCAGAGCCUGGCGCAUCCAAUACGCCUUUUGAUCGGGAACUCAAAGCCCUCCGAACAUCGCCGGAGCUGAUGCCAUACCUGAUGCCUCUGCCAUCCAAGCCUGCACCCAAAACGCCUGCACCAACCAGGCCGGACAAAAGGCCAACAUCCGAUGCAGCAGAUCGUCCUACCAAGUAUGCAAAAGGUGCAGGCAAAGGAAAAGGCAAGUUCAAAUCCAAGUCGAAGCAGGGGCCAACGAUUGAGCUGCCGCCUGGCUGUGUGGCCAAAACACCCGAUGGCAAGCCCUUGUGUUUUGCGUACAACAAGGGAACAUGUGGCUUCCGUGGAAAGGUCCCCGUUGCCAAAGGGGAUACCAUCUGUGCUACAAGCAAGGAUGCCACAAAGCCAAGCCGUUCCAUGAAUGCCUCACUCUCCAGAAGUUUGAUCAAUGCAGGUUUUUCCGUUAUCGCAGUGGACCACGUUUUGCACAACCCACAGGUGCCCGUGACUCUUUUGGAUUUGACAGGGGCCCCACAGCCUCCACCACUGCGCUCUGCCGAUCACCCAUUAGGAGUUUUCCACACGCUGUCUGCGACAUGCCAAAAUGACCACGAUCACUUGCCAUAUCAAGUACACACCGAAGAUGGAACAUGGAUUUUUGACACGGCCAGUGAAGCUGCCUACCCGGAACUGCUCACGCAAAGGGUUGCAGCCGCCAUUCGUAAGCCCUUUCAGCCGACCUUUGAUGUUUUAGGGAUGUCAUUGCAAUUAGCCGGAUUGCCAGAAUCCCGGACCAUCACUUUAGGCAACAAGGAAGGGCGCAUCGAAAAGAUAUCCUUGAAGGUACAAAAGGUCCAAGAGGCAGGUCAGAUGACCCUUGCAGAUGCCCAAGAGAUUCAUGGUUUGCUGAACUUUGCCACCGGUUACUUCGCCGGGAGGGCUCUCCGGUAUGCUUGCUUCAAAAUUUUCUCUCUGGUAGACAAGGGGGACUCUAAAUCUCCCCGCUUGAAGAAGUGGUGCGAAGAGGUCUUAGUUCUUCUUGAGAGUGUGCAGCCCCGAACAAUUCCGGUGGGCAUCAACACAAAUACAGUGCUGAUCUUCACAGAUGGUUCAUGGGAAGCUGGUGUAGCAGGCAUCGGUGCAGUGCUACUGGACGAAUCAAGUGGUGCUCGAAUUGUAGUUCAAGACCGAGUCCAAAGUGACCUCCUUGCUUUGUGGAAAGAUCUUGUAGGGGACCACUUGAUUUGCCAGAUCGAACUCCUGGCAAUGGUGCUGGUGCGAUGGCAGUGGAGGCAAGAGUUGCACAACCGUAGGGUCCUCUUGUUUGUAGACAACAACUCCGCCAGGGGAGGUGUGGUCAAAGGGCGUUCCAAUAGCCCUAGCAUGGACGACCUGUUGAAGGCCUUCUUCUCAGUAGAGGUCCAUCUGCCAUCCUUCUGGUGGAUUGAGCGGGUUCCAAGCAAAAGCAACCCAGCGGAUGAACCCUCGAGGUUCGAAGGAAGGGCCGCAGCGGUCAGAUGGUCUGCGAAGUUCAUCUCCGAGUUCAGUUGCCAAUCACUCGUUGCCAAUUGGUUGGUGAAAGCAGCGCAAAGCAGGAAGCACGGUUAG